AUGGUCAAACACGAUUCAACGGAGAAAUCGCCGGCGACGCCGGCGGUGGCGGAGAGGAGUGAAACCAAGUACAAAGGCGUCAGGAAGAGAAAGUGGGGAAAAUACGUUUCCGAAAUUCGACUUCCCAACAGCCGUGAACGAAUCUGGCUCGGCUCCUUCGACUCUGCAAAGAAAGCGGCGCGUGCUUUUGACGCCGCCCUAUUUUGCCUACGCGGAAACUCCGCCAGCUUCAAUUUCCCGGAUAACCCGCCAAACAUAUCCGGUGGGCAAUCUCUCACUCCGGCCGAGAUCCAAUCGGCCGCCCAUCAAUUCGCCAAUUCGGAUCCCACCACAUCCUCUACAACCACCUUCUCCUGUUCUUCAUCCGGGUCCGAAACAGAGGCCUAUCACCCCGACUCUCCGUCCGUUUCAGACGGGACUGCAAGGCCGGUCCAUGACUCCGACCCGAACCCGUCAAAUAUUCUAAAUCUUUUCGCAACAAUGGGGCCCCUCGACGACGACAUGAGUUAUAACAAUCCGACGGCGCCGUCAAACCAAUCAUACGAAAUUUUUCCUGGAUUCGAUGAUUUAAGAAACGAUUUUUUCUUGUCGCCUCCACCGCCAUUUCCUUCUGUUGAAGACAGUUACAACAAUAAUGAAUAUGAAUCAUCCUCUAAUGGAUUUUACCUAUGGGAUUUCUAAGCCCUUUUUCAAUUUUUUGACAUUGGAAAAGGCUAGGAAAUGCCAAUGUUCUGGAGACCAUUUUUUUAAAGGUAGCCCGGAUUAGUCUAUACGAUACACGAUAAUCUAGCUGAAAAAAUGUUUAAGAUUUAGAAUGGUAGUAAUCUUUUUUUUACUCCCAUCCUUCUUCUGAAGAAUGUAGCGUACACACUACUGUCGAGUAGUUUUUGUUUGACCUAAAGAUUAUGUCAUGGGUUAAUCAUUUUCAAUAUCAAAUGAAUUGUACAACUAUUUAUUUAA